GACGACUAGCAAAGCGGCUCGGUGACGCUGGACCCGUUAGCACGCUGGCUCGCGGGCAGCAGUGGGAGAAGAGCUAACUUAAGUUUGUGACGUUAGCUCGCUGAAGUAGCAGCGGGCUGUACGGGCGAAAGAUUAAACAAACACAGUGGAUAUUUCGAUUGUGUGAGGAUAUAACCAUCUGACAAGCUCGUUAGAUAUUGCAAGGGCAAUUCGAGGGACAGUCGGCUAUCGGGAAGAUUGUAACUGAAACAAAUGACAUUAAAAACAGCGUUUCUUCCAGUGGCUAGCUGGUUAGCUUAUUGAUAGCGGGCUAGCUGACUUUAGCUUUUCGUUGCAGACCGCUGCCAGUGGACCUGGAUGCACGUCCUUAUCUGACAGAUACGGUUAAGGCGGUGUAAAACAUCCAGGGCAAGUAUGAGCUGACCAAACACUGUCUCCGAUGUCAUAGAUUACUACUUGGAGAGCAUUGCGCCGGGUGUCUGAGGAACCAUGGGACACAGAGUGGACUGAACCAGAGGGUCUAGCAGCACACACCAAUUGUCUCCCACUGUGGUGUAUGACAUGGCCACGGCCUCUUCUAGAGCCGAGUCUAGCCAUAACCACAGAGGAACAUCACAGCUCCAUGCCAUUGUUUCCUGUGCCAAAUUCAAGAGGAAGAAAAGCCUGUUUGGGACUGCCAUUUAUGUGGAGGUGACAGCGGAGGGGGAGUCGCGACGCACAACAAAGUCCAACAGCUCCUCCAGUCCUAAAUGGGAUGAGACGCUCACUCUGAAUGUAACACCGCACACACAGGUGGAUUUCAAAGUAUGGAGUCACCACACCCUGAAGGCAGACGCUCUGAUUGGCAAAGCCACGCUGGACCUAAUUCAAGCCUUGGAGCAGCAUGACAGAAAAUUGGAGAAUGUGAAGGAGGUGCUGAAACUGAGCGUGGAGCAGAAGGGAGCUCUGGUUCCCGCUGGCGAGCUGACUGUCUACCUAGAUGGCCUGACAGUCACUGGCCAGGAAGAACUGGCACCACUUACCAACGGCAAUGCAGCAAAUGGCACCAAAGUUCAACAGAACGGCGAUACCAUCCAUGAAAAUGGAGACUCAUCAUCUUCUUCCUCGAGGGCUGCUAGCAGCGCAGUGAAUGAGACAGAUUUGGGCCCGAGGUCAACUUCCUGUUCGGUCUCCAAUGGUGUGGAUGGACAGGAGCCUUCCAGCUCCUGCAGCCUCGCCCUUGGUCACGUCGUCAAUGGAGACGUCACACCCAACUCCACCCCAGUCCACCAACCUUUAGAGGGUGACACAGAGAGUAGGACGGUCAACGGAGAGUCCUGUGAUGCUGCGCUUGGGCCAACGUCUGCUACAACAGGUGAUACGCUGCCCCCUGCAGAUGACCAUGAGGACUGCAACCAAGAAGCCACCCCGCCAGACCCUGACACAGCACCGGAUAGCACACCUCAGACCCUGCCAACCUCCACACAGGCUCCAGCCUCCUCUUCCACUGCUAAGCCUAUCGAUGGCACUGCUGCUGCUUCCUCCACAUUUGCCUCCCCGGCACAGGGCCCCCAAACCAUCACAACCUCCUCAUCAACAACCCCCUCCCCCCCAGCUUUAGAAGAAGCGAAUGCUUCAGCAGUCGUCGGCGGUGGUAGCAGUAGUAGCAGUGCAACUGUAACUACAGAUGGGGCCAAGCCCAGGCAGCAGGCCCCCAAUGCUGGAGCCGCAGACCCUCUGCCGCCGGGGUGGGAGCAGCGUAAAGAUCCGCAUGGUAGAACUUAUUACGUAGACCACAACACCAGAACUACGACCUGGGAAAGACCACAGCCACUACCACCAGGUUGGGAGCGUAGAGUGGAUGACCGGGGCAGGAUCUAUUAUGUGGACCACAACACCCGCACUACCACAUGGCAGCGUCCCACGAUGGAAUCGGUCCGCAAUUUUGAGCAGUGGCAGAGCCAGCGCAGCCAGCUGCAGGGAGCUAUGCACCAGUUUAACCAGCGAUACCUCUACUCUGCAUCCAUGAUGUCGGCUGAGAACGAUCCUCUCGGCCCGCUACCUCCUGGAUGGGAGAGGCGUGUGGACUCCAAUGACCGAGUGUACUUUGUCAACCAUAGCACCAAGACAACGCAGUGGGAAGACCCCCGAACCCAAGGGCUACAGAAUGAAGAUCCUCUUCCCGAAGGUUGGGAGAUCCGGUACACGAGGGAAGGAGUUCGCUACUUUGUGGAUCACAACACCCGAACCACCACUUUCAGCGAUCCCCGCACCGGGAAGUCCUCUGUCACCAAAGGCCCUCAGAUUGCCUAUGAGCGCAGCUUUCGAUGGAAGCUUGCCCAUUUCCGCUACUUGUGCCAGUCCAAUGCUCUCCCUAGCCAUGUGAAGAUCACCGUCUCCAGACAGACGCUGUUUGAAGACUCUUUCCAGCAAAUUAUGGCCCUGAAGCCUUACGACUUGAGGAGGAGACUCUACGUUAUCUUCAGAGGCGAGGAGGGUCUGGACUAUGGUGGCUUAGCCCGAGAAUGGUUCUUCUUGUUGUCCCAUGAAGUGCUGAACCCCAUGUACUGUCUGUUUGAGUAUGCCGGCAAGAGCAACUACUGUCUGCAGAUCAACCCAGCCUCUGCUAUCAACCCGGACCAUCUCUCCUACUUCUGCUUCAUAGGCCGCUUCAUCGCAAUGGCACUUUUCCACGGCAAGUUUAUCGACACAGGCUUCUCUCUGCCUUUCUACAAACGCAUGCUGAACAAGAAGCUAAUACUCAAAGACCUGGAGUCCAUCGACUCCGAGUUCUACAACUCACUGAUAUGGAUAAGGGACAACAACAUUGAAGAGUGCGGUCUGGAGAUGUACUUCUCAGUGGACAUGGAGAUCCUGGGGAAGAUCACUUCUCAUGAUCUCAAACCUGAUGGCACCAACGUUCUCGUCACUGAGGAGAACAAGGAGGAGUAUAUCAGUCUGAUGGCAGAGUGGAGGUUCUCCCGCGGGGUGGAAGGUCAGACCAAAGCUUUCCUGGACGGCUUCAACGAGGUGGUCCCACUUCAGUGGCUCCAGUACUUUGAUGAAAAGGAGCUUGAGGUGAUGCUCUGUGGAAUGCAGGAGGUAGACCUUCAGGACUGGCAACGGAACACGGUGUACCGCCACUACACAAGGAACAGCAAACAGAUCAUCUGGUUUUGGCAGCUGGUGAAAGAAGUGGACAACGAAGUGCGACUGCGGCUCAUGCAGUUUGUCACCGGAACCUGCAGACUUCCUCUGGGCGGCUUUGCUGAACUCAUGGGGAGUAACGGACCCCAGAAGUUCUGCAUUGAGAAGGUGGGGAAGGACACAUGGCUUCCUCGGAGCCACACAUGCUUCAACCGUCUGGACUUGCCUCCUUACAAGAGUUUCGAACAGCUGAAAGAGAAGCUGCUCUUUGCCAUCGAGGAAACGGAAGGAUUUGGCCAAGAAUAGACGGAGGAGUCCUCUUGUAUCUCUCUCUCUCUCUCUCUCUCUCUCUCUCUCUCCCCCCCCCCCCCCCCCCCAUCGCUGUCUAUUCAGCCAAGUUAAACAAACAACAACAAAAAUAAUUGCACAAGAUAACCACCAAUGUAUAUAAGCUAUUUUGUCAUUUAAAACCAAAUCUUAAUUUGCAGCAUUGUUUUUGCCGCAAUCCUGUUUCCCAGCCCUUAAAUAUGCAAGCAUUUCAGCUCCUCUGUUUAAAACAGAACUCAUGGAUAUCUUUUUAAUGUCCUCCCCACUGCUGACUGGCUUUUUAAAAGAGACUGAAAGUGUUUUUGAGAGGAUUUUUUAUAGUUGGAGCGCAAUCUUCUUUUAAAGCUCUAGUUCUAUAGAGCUACCAAAUAGCAAGAGUGGUAUUGGGUUCUGGUGCCUGAAUUUUUUAUUUUUUUUCCCCCCGUUGGACUUGUAGUAAUUGUUGCAGUUUUUUCGUGCUUGCAUGGCUGCCUCUGAAGAGGACACGACUCCUGUGGCCACCCUCUACCACCAUCUAUACUAAACACACACAAAUACAUAACCCUCUCAUACGUCUGGACCGCCCCGAGUCAGAAGCAUCAUCUGAUCCUCCCUUGGAUGAAGUCGUGAAGAUAUCAAAAGGCCGAUGGUGAAUCGAGAAAAAGGUGUGACUUGCCUGUGUGUGGUGACAGUGGGGCCUGAGGGUCAUAGUUCAGAUGUUUUAAGCCAGAGACGCUGGACACGUUCCGACUGCAGCCCAUCGUUUAGGAAAAUUGUCCCAACAAAACAAAACAAGACAAGACAGACUCCGUAUUCUCGACGGUUUCUCGUUUGCCUUUUUGAAGUGUCCACUGUGGUUUACAAAGCAACAGCCAUGAUGAUGCUUACAGAUCACAUUGACUUAAGUUCCCCUCAGUUAUAGGUACCACAGGAGGAAAAUCCCCCCGACAGGGCAGCUUGCCUUCAAACAUCAUACGGCCGAUGAUAUUUGUCUCUCUCGUGUUGUAUUACGGUCCAAAAGGCUUCUGUUCACAUGAAAGUUAAAUUGUACUGAAAGCACACGUUUUCAGCUUCACUUAUUACCAACCAUUAACUAAUUACAACACAAGCCUAUGAGGCAUAACAAUCCGAACAUUAUUGCAAAAUGGCAGUACUUUUAUAAUUUUUUUAAAAAAUGUUUUGCUCAGUGUCAAAGGAGACCGGCACUGGACAAAAAGAAAACCUAUCAAAUUUCAUGUCUUGAAAGCAACAUAUAUAUAUAUAUAUAAAUAUAAAUAUUGCAUGUAGGCAGUGGAGUGGAAACUGUCCAAUAAAAUAAGCAUUAAAACACAUUUAGGGGUUGACUGUGUUAGAAAAUAACUCUUCGGUCACGUCGCAGUCAGCAGCAGGACUGAAGCCACAAGAUGAGCUUCAGGACGCCGUGGCGAGCCCCAUUUCCCGAGGUCAUCCAUCCAGUUCCGUUUACUCGGCCCACGGUCAGUCUCAGUCUCAGGUUUUGUGCUGAGGUAAGAGAGCCUUAGUUUAAUAAAAAAAUAAAAAAUGCAUGAGUCUGUAAAUCAGUAAGAAAAACUGUAAACUAACCGUUCGCAUACAAAAAAAAUGAGUCAAGACCCUGAAGUGCCACAGACCAAACAACGCGUGUAGACUAACGCAGCAUUGCAGUGCUACAUGUGUUUUUAUUUUGCGCGCCCCCCCUUUAAUGCUUCAGGGGGGACACAUGUUUAAUUUUUCAAAAUGUCACGUCUUAACCCCACUGUUUCUGAACUCUGGUGCUUAUUCUUUGGCUCAGUGGUCUAAACGCAGCUCGGGCAGUGGCAGGCCAUCCACCUCGUGUCCUCUAGCAUUGUGGGUAUUUACAUUUUCUUUCUCAGACCACUGCAAACAGCAGAUAGCCGCUUCAGACUUGCGUUUCCUCGAGCUGUCAGUCAUGUACAUAACAUGUAUUUCGCCGUCCCUGCCGAGGAGCUGGAAGGAGGGGCGGUCGUAUGAAGAAAAAACCCAUUUACUGUAGCGAAAGGAGCCGACUUUUGAAAGAGGAGUCAACACUGCAUAACUCUGUGCUUCCUUUUGAAACAGAAACCUGUAAUCAAAGAAAAAAAAAUCAACUGUGUAUGUGAAUAUUCAUUGUAUAAAGAUAAUGAAAGUAAAUAAAGUACUUAAAUAUUAUAAAUAAUCACAAGGAGCCACCGCUCAAUUGAUGGAAUCUGUGAUGCCUUUUUUGUUCUUAUCCGGAAUAGACGGGACGUUUCGGGGGUCGCCCUCGUAGCCAGUGACACGGGUGUAUUCACGACACUGUCCCAUCGGUUCAGGACCCCCAUACGCAUCCGAACUGUAACAUAUCGCGUGUAGAUACACACUGUAAACACCAACGGCACUGUACAGAAUGCCCCUUUACUGGAGACGAUGUGUAUAGAAGUUUCAUUUUUCAAUCUGCUUCCACCCAUCUUCAAAAAAGGAAGAGAUGCAAAUAAACAAGUGGAUAACCCCCCCACACACACACACACAGAAUGACAAUGACCACGCUCUGUUGUGUGAUUAUCAGGGGGGUGAGAGGCCUUCUGCUCAGGAAUCACAACAAAACGUAUCAAUUCUGUUCUACAAGGAAAAUAAAACGCUGUGCUCUUGGUU